AUGGGGCUUUCAUCCCGAUACUUCCGCAUUCCGCGGCCAGAGACCUUUCUCUGCCUGAUGAGCCUGGAGACAGGCGCGUCAUUGAUUACAUUGUCGCUUCUCUUAAACAAAAUCAGUGGUCUGUAUGGCCUACUCGCCCUAUUGACCGGUUACCACCUCUCCCCGGUACAAUUGUCGAUGUACCUGUACUCGCUGGUUGCCCUCGCCCUCGCCGCUUUUCUAUUCCCACACAUCCGAAAACAGUCUCCUCUCGAGUGCCUUGCGCUUGCUUGGCUAUAUCUGAUUGACAGCUUGAUUAACGCCGCCUACACUGCCGCCUUUGGUGUGACAUGGUUCCUGGUGGUGUCGCAGGGUUACGACAGCAGUGGCAACGCCGGACCAGGCAGCGAAACGAUCGCACAGACCGCUGGCUUCACCAGCCCCAAGUACGAUGCCGCCUACGUUGAGAUCCAGCACACUGAGGAUGGAAACAAGUUCGUCCCUCACCCGCCGCGAGCCGCCGAUCACCUCAGCAACGUCGUUGCCCAGCCCGAGAGUUUCCAGAGCAUCGUUUUCAUCUCCAUUCUGUGGGCUAUCCGUGUCUACUUCGUUCUGGUAAUGCUUGCAUUCGCUCGAGAGACCCUGCGUAUCUGGAUCGCGGUUCCCAAGCACACCCAACUCCCUACCCACAGUCGCAAUGUGUCGGUCGCAAGCGUUGCUGACAUUGACCGCGAACCUUUCACGGCUUACAGCCCCGAGGGCCAAGGAUGGAGGGGCAAGCUUGGUCGCAUCAUGGUUGGCAUCGGUCACAACUACUGGCUUGGUGAAGAGGAAGAAGGCAAUUGGUUGGGUAAUCUGGGCCACAAGUUCCGUAGUCGUUCGCAGAACAACAACGAGCUCCCGGGACCCUUGGAGCGUGAACGACGACGUCGGUCGGGAACCGGACCUCCCCAGCCAUCACAGUCGAUCAUUCGCUCUGGAAUUAUCCAGCAAUCCAUUCCUGAGCACCCUGGGAUGAACGUCAAAAUGCAGGACUGGUCUGAGGCUCGAUAG